AUGAUCGUCAGGCCAAAAGUACCUCAAAUGAGUGUCGUGAGAGCAAAUGUGGAUAAUUUUUCCUAUGACAUGUCUAGUAACCUAAUUGUCAAGGUUUCAAUUGUCAUAAACGCUGAAAAUGACAAUGCAAAAGCCCAUGCAAGUUUCUAUGAGACAAUUUUUACACUCACCUUCCAUGGUGUAAAAGUAGCUUAUUUAAGAGCUGACCCUUUUGAUGUACCUCAAAAUAGCUCAACUCCAUUGUAUUAUCCAGUGGAGUCAACGUCGAUUUCUUUGACUCCCGAAGAGGGAGAAGUUGCUGAAAUGUCAUUGGAUCAGAAACAAGUAGUUUUUGAUCUCAAAGGGAAUACAAGGACUAGGUGGAGAGUAGGGUUUAUUGGUUCUGUUAAGUUCUGGCUGCAUCUUAAUUGUCAGCUUAAGUUACCAUUAGAUGGAAGUACUAUUUACCCAAAAAAAUGCAGCACCAAAUCUAGAUAA